GACAGCAUUAAUUUUAGGGAUUAUUCAUCAAAACAAGCUAAAGUAUUUUAGUGGUAAAGAGUUAGUAGUUACUUUCUAAACAUGAAGGAAACAACAAGGAGGAUCGCCAUCUGUGUUUUAGUGUUAUUCUCUAUUUUGCUAAAUGGCACUUUUUUGUAUCAUCAUGGUCUGACAUUAAGGAACAAGAAUAUAAUGGUGCAAGAAAAGGAUAUCAGUGGAUUGCCACGGCCACUCUGUUCAUCUGUUGAUACAACUAUCAAUCCAUUUGAUACAUGGUGGAAAAAUUACAGAAAGUCUGAAGAUUUUGGAGAUGUUAUGAAAUGGAAUCAUUACUUUGAUAUAUAUCACAGACAUUUUGCGAGGUUCAGGAACAAAGAGAUGACUUUGCUUGAGAUAGGAGUAAGAAAUGGUGGAUCCUUAAAAAUGUGGCGAGACUACUUUGGACCAGGUGUACAAAUCUAUGGCAUAGACAUUGACGCCAAAACAAAACGAUUUGAAAAUAAACUCGAGGGAGUAAAGAUCAUAAUUGGAGAUCAGGGAAAUGCAA